AUGUUCAGUACCAAGACGUGUGCUAUUGCCGUGAGCCUGAUGGUGUCCCUGGGGGCGGCCGAUAAGGCUGUCUUGGGCGUCGGAGAGGUCGAUCUGAUUUUUCCACGAAACGGGACCUUUGCCCCGAUGACAAUCACGCCCAUUGUCUUUGGCAUUCAGAACCCUGCGGUCAUUGACGGACUCUACCCAAUUCUGGGCUACGGCCUCUGGACGGCGGAUACCUCACCAGACAAUCAAACCGACCUGACAUAUCUGACUGACGGCCACUUGCCCAAUAAGACUGGCCCUGUGUCAUUCCUAAUCGAUGGUAUAGCCAAUACCCACAACACUGAGAAUCAAUGGCGAUUCGUCUGGAGACUGAUAUGGACAAAUUGCUCGAUACCGGAUAAUGAGACCACUUCUGAACUCAGCCUCGGGCUAGGCGACCAUGUGAUUGCCCAAUCUCUUCUUUUCACCACAAAAAAGGGGGCAACUCCGCUCAAUCUCACCACUCUCACUGCCGAUGACAAGUGCAAUGACGCCCAGGCGCUGACAUUCCAUGCCACUACAACCAUGCCAGCACCACUGACCGAUGCUCGGGGCGAAACAUGCGCCGUGCUGAAGAGUCCGUCACCUACUCCGACUCCUUGCAAGGCCAGUAUUGCGCCUGCGGCUGCCUCAAGCAUCUCGUCUUCCCUUACCGCGAGUUAUUGCCAAUACCCUACCCCUGUCAUAAGCUGCCCAGCCAAGAGGAAUGGGGCCCCUAUCAACGAGGCGACAUCUCACUUCAGAUGGUGGCUUGCCGGUGUCUUGCUUGUUGGAAAGCUUUUCGUUUGA